AAAAGACGGAAUAAAGUCUUCAGCUCUUCGCCUCGUCUCCUCCGCAAUAGAGUGAAAUUUGGAGGGAAGAACGCAAACUUAGUUAACGAACCAAACUCUGUCCUUCCCAACCCGACCCUUCAUCUCCAUUAGUCCAUAGCUCCGCCUCUAUAUCAGGUAACCCUCCGCUCUUCUUCUCUCCUUUUCAUUUCCGAAUUCUUCUCGCCAUAUCUUUCUAUUGUCGGGAGCAGUUGACAGAAAUUGAGGCUAUGCUCUUCGCCUCUUCCUCUCUUGCGUAGGCUGACUGCCCAGGGAUCCGGUGUGAGGAUAUCCAGAUCUCCCAUGGAAGGGGAGGUGGUCUCCGGCGACGCCUCCAAGACGCCGUUGUCGGCGGUGGUAGACGCGUUUGAAGGCCUUUUCGCGGAGAUGGAUACCAGGGGGUAUGAUCGUAUUCAGUUGAAACCGUUCUGCGAGGCGUGUUCUCUUGUUUCUGUCCUUUUUGGGUGCUUAGGGAUCGCCUUUAAAUUCGCCGAGCUUGAAUACGUUGCUAAGGUUCAAAGCCUUGCCGAUGCAUCAAAAAGAUAUGAAACGUUAGAAAGUGUACUUGAUUAUGAUGUCAAAAACGGCAGUGUCAAAACGGCAGGGAGUUUAUCACGCAAUUUACGCAGAGUUAGGCAGGGCUUACAUCUCAUCAAAGAUAUAUUUCAGAACUUUAUGUCUUCAGAAUACAACUCAUUGAGAGAUGCUGCUUCAAUGGCGUAUGCCAAUGUUUGUGCACCAUAUCAUACAUGGGCUGUCAGGGCUGCUGUAUGUGCUGGUAUGUAUGCACUCCCAACUCGUAACCAACUUCUGGAGAGGCUGAAUGAAAAUGAUGUCUCAGCAGAGCAAGAAAUGAAAAGAUACAUCAAUGCUUUGCAACCCAUCAUUGAGUACAUUGACAACCUCUACCUUUCAAGAAACAUCACUUUGGAUUGGUGAUGCUCUCAUCUUUUGUUUGUUUGAAUGGAUGGGAUAUACUAGAAGUAGAAAUGUUUCUCAAGUGGAGAGCACAUUCUUUGAAUGGAUAUGAGAGUAUUAUCUGCUCACUCCGUUUACGUUCAACCUACUUGUUACUAGGAUAUCAAGAUGGGGUUUUAAGUAUAGGUAUCAGUGUAAAAUCUUGUUUUGGAUGUAUAGUCAAAUUAGCAUCAUUAAUAUAUAUAGAGAAGAAAUAGAACUCGAAAACUUGUAGAUUGAUACAUAGUUAGCCAUUGAAAGUUUGAAAUUAUUUACAUCCGUAAAGUAUCAUUUUGCUACACAUUUCAAUUAGUU